AGCUUCGCUGCUUGACCCUCAUUCUACCACACAGCCUUCAGCGAAGCAGCAUUUGCACACCGUACAAAUCUUAAAGGCCCAAUCAUGAGCAAGGCAUAUUCAGCUUCAGCCGAGACGGCUUCCUCUUACCGCCGUACCUUCGGCUCCGGCCUGGGCUCUUCCAUUUUCUCUGGCCGUGCAGGUUCCUCUGGAUCCUCUCGUGUGUCCUCCAGAGUUUAUGAGGUGACCAAGGCCACCUCUUCUCCCAUUUAUUCCAGCCAGCGCGCAUCCAGCGCUUCAUUUGGUGGUGGAUCAAUGGUCCGUUCCUAUGCAGGCCUUGGUGAGAAGCUGGACUUCAAUCUGGCCGACGCCAUGAACCAGGACUUCCUCAAUACACGCACUAAUGAGAAGGCAGAGCUGCAACAUCUCAACGACCGUUUCGCCAGCUACAUCGAGAAGGUUCGCUUCCUAGAGCAGCAGAACCAAGCCUUGUCUGUGGAGAUUGAACGUCUGCGGGGCCGCGAGCCCACACGCAUCGCAGAGAUGUACGAGGAGGAGAUGAGAGAGCUGCGCAGACAGGUGGAUGCACUGACCAAUCAGAGGUCCCGCAUUGAGAUAGAGAGGGACAACCUGGCCGAUGACCUGCAGAAACUAAAACAGAGACUUCAAGAGGAGAUCCACCAGAAAGAGGAAGCUGAGAACAACCUCUCUGCUUUUAGAGCUGAUGUAGAUGCUGCCACUCUGUCCAGGCUGGACCUGGAAAGACGUAUUGAGGGUCUUCAUGAAGAGAUUGCAUUCCUCAAGAAGAUCCAUGAGGAGGAGAUCCAUGAGCUGCAAAACCAGAUGCAGGAGAGUCAGGUGCAGAUCCAAAUGGACAUGUCCAAACCAGACCUGACUGCCGCCCUCAGGGACAUCCGCAUGCAGUAUGAGGCUAUCUCUGCCAAGAAUAUCGCAGAGGCUGAGGAAUGGUACAAGUCUAAGGUGUCAGAUCUGAACCAGGCGGUAAACAAGAAUAAUGAUGCUCUCAGACAAGCCAAGCUGGAGACCAUGGAGUUCCGUCACCAGAUCCAGUCCUACACUUGCGAGGUCGACUCUCUCAAGGGAACCAAUGAGUCUUUGAUGAGGCAAAUGAGGGAGAUGGAGGAGAGGACAGGUCGUGAGGCCGGUGGUUUUCAGGACACCAUUGCCCGCCUUGAGUCUGAAAUCGCAAAAAUGAAGGAUGAGAUGGCUCGCCAUCUCCGUGAGUACCAGGAUCUGCUGAACGUUAAGAUGGCACUUGAUGUGGAGAUCGCCACCUACAGGAAGCUUCUGGAAGGAGAGGAGAGCAGGAUCACCCUGCCUGUGCAGUCCUUCUCUGCCUUGAGUUUCAGAGAGACAAGCCCAGAGCAGCACCACCAGCAACAACAACAACAACAGCGUUCAUCUGAAGUCCACUCUAAGAAAACAGUUCUGAUCAAGACUAUUGAGACCCGGGAUGGCGAGACUAGGACAAGUGAGGGCAUGAAUGCUCAGUGUGUCGUCAGCGAGUCCACACAGCACCAGCAGGACAUCGUGUAAAGCCUAUGAAACAGAUUGAGUUUCAUAGAAUCCCUUUCCCAAACAUACAUUUUCACCGAUGGCCGCAGGCUUUUUAUGCACACGCCCAGUAUUGCCAUGACCCAUUACCGCAUGUGUGGAUGACGCAGACAAAAGGAAAAGUGAGCUGAAGAACAAGAGGGAGAACGAGCAAAAUGGCAUAAAAUGCAUCCUGUCUGGAGAGUCCUGAAAGUGGCCAGUUGAUUUUUUGUUGAUAUGAAAGUAUGUGUGUAUGUGUGGUAGGGUCAUAUCUGAGAAGCUGUUCCACUGCUACUAAAAGACAACAAUAAACUGCACUGUAUUUUCUUCCUAUAAAAUUGAAGGCCUCUGUACUUUUCUCAUGCAUAGUAGUAAAAUCAUUUUUUUAAGUCGAUUUACUACAAAAGACUAAUAAAAUGCACCAUAUUUUCCUCCUAUAAAAUUGAAGGCUUCUGUGAUUUUGGAUUCUCAUGCAUAAUAUAUAGUAAAAUAAUUAUUUUUCAACUGAAAUCAAUUUCUGUGUAGCCAACAACACUACCUUAAAAUCUUGGCUGUAAAAACGAUAUCGAGCAUCAACAUUAACUGUUGUUGCCCAUGCAAAAGAUUAACGCAUACUGACCUUUGGUCAAUACAGAGU